AUGUAUAGAUUAACGGUGGCUACUCUCGUGGCCAGCUUGGCCUUGUCCGCCGCGGCACUGCCUAGCCCGGAUGACCCAAACUACGGCUCCGAGGCGAUGAAGUACCUUAAGAAGCUCAAAAUGGAGACUCGUCAACGACAAACAGAGGCAGGAGCUUACGAUUUGGAUCGCUAUUCGCCUAUGAGUAAGGCCGCGUGCAGCGGUGGCAAGGCUGGAGAAUACAAGUGUCAAGGUAUGGAUAUGAAGGGUUUUAUCCGACAUCAAAAUAUGGGAUCCAAGGCACGCAAGGGCAAUGAUGUUGGACUUCGACAGACGGCAGGGAAAUUUGGUAUUGUCUGUGAGAUGGACGGCUCAGCUUUUGUGGAGGUUCUGAAAGAUGGCUCACUCGUCUACCUCGGCCGCCUGCCUUCAGAGUCUGGAAAUUCCAUGUGGCGUGAUGCCAAAGUGGUUGGAGACCACGCAGUUAUUAUGUCGGAAGCCGGUGGCCACGGUAUGCAAGUGUUUGACAUGAAGAAGCUGUUGACUGCCGACCCUAAGAAUCCUAAGGUGUAUGGCAAGGAGGAUCUAGACUCACUAUUCAAGGGAUGGGGCAACUGUCACAAUGUGAUUGUGAACGAGAAAACCAAGACUGCCUUCUGUGGCGGCGGUAGCAAAUGCAGUGGCAAACUUCACGCUGUGAAUCUGUCGGAUCCCAAGAACCCAAAGGAUGACGGCUGUGUCGGCACGCACAGCUACAGCCACGAUGCUGAGUGUGUCAUUUACAACGGCAUUGACAGCAAGUUUAACAGUCGAGAGAUUUGCUUUGGGUAUAACGAGAAGCAGCUGGUAAUCUCGGACAUCACGGACCGUGCCAGCCCUAAGCAGCUGUCUACCAUGACGUAUAAGGGCAUGGGCUACACCCAUCAGGGCUGGCUGGCAACCAAAGACAUGCGUUACUUGCUCAUGGGCGAUGAGCUGGACGAACGUAUGCCUGGUCCCAAGGCCGGCCACACGGCGACGUACAUUGUGGACGUCAAGGAUCUUACCAAGCCUGUUAUUACAGGCAUCUACCACAGCCCAUCCAAGGCAAUCGACCACAACCUAUACGUUAUCGACGGGCUUGCUUACAUGUCUAACUACAACACCGGGUUACGCAUUGUCAACGUGUCGUCGGUAGUUGAGGAUCCUACGGGUGCAGGCUUCAAGGAGAUCUUGUCGUUUGAUGUCUAUCCUGAGAACGACGCAAAGGAUGAGCUGGGAUUUGUCGGCGCGUGGUCUGUGUACCCCUUCUUCAAGAGCGGCCAUAUUCUGAUCAACAGCAUCGAGCGCGGCAUCUUCUCCGUCAAGCGGUCGUAGCCCAGCCAUCUAGUCAGCCCGCGCCAGACAGUCCUAGUUUCGUCUAGCCGAGUUUGAGGAUAGUUGGACUUCCGGAGCGGAUGGAUUGGUAAGACUGAGCGCUGAGUAGUGACUAAUUGACGGGAGAGGCUGCCAUGAGACGCGCUGUAAAUUAGCUGUCAACGGCGUGUCCGAGAGCAAAGCAGCGCGGAGCCAGAGCUGAACUGGCAGUGCCCCUCCUCCCCCAGAAGGGCGGGGCGACAGGGCAGUGACAUUUGGCGCAGCGAACCGCGCUGGAGCUACACGCACUACGGCAGAUAUGGGGGCCAAUAAGAGGCGGCUGGAGUAUAUUAAUAUAUGAGUCUUAAAGUUACUAUUGGCCGUUUGACUGGGUCCUUGGGGGGCAUCUAGAAUGCUCUCAUGUCACUUAUUACUCUGUAUAUUUAAACAGAAUUAAAUAAAAAAAAAUGGACGAUGACCGAACAAGACAGCGGCCCCCCGUAUACGCGUCAGCCAGUCCAGCCGCAAGGGGGACCGCAUGCACCUGUUGCUGUUAUAGGGCAGAGGGCGGAGGGUGUGUGGGCGUCAUAAUGAUGGUGACGAGUAAUAUAGACGAAGACGAAUACUGUGCUGUCGUGCAUUAUACUGUGCUACACUAGCAGAACUGCACCGUAAGCAACAGCACCCAGAGACACUGUUACACUGUCAUGGCCUUGCA